GGAUACUAUUCCAAAUCUUCAUCACAAUGUGCAAACGUAUGCACUUUUCCCCUGAAAAGCAAGAACCACGUGUUGCAAAAACGCGGCAAACCACACGUCUUCUGCAAACUGGGAUGGACGCCAGCAUGCUGCACAAGAUGUCCCAAGCGAAAAAUUUUCAGCACAUCCCGGCUGAAGCUUGGUUGCCAAUAGAUUUUUCUCUACCCCCAUCUUGGACCUCGCACUUCAUGAUGCAAGAAAAAGAAAAGUUCUCCAUUUUCAAGGGUUUUGACAUCCCUGAUCAAUCGCAGAAUUAUUUGGAGUUUUCAUUGCCGGAUUCCAUUAGUGACAAUUACAACUCCACGAAAACUGACCCAAAUUCAGCCACUGUCCCUGCUUCAGCUAAACGGCCUAGUUCCAAGAACCGCCUAGGACAGACCAGGAAGAAACGGAAGGCUCGGAGAUUUAAUAUUAAUACUCGCUCUGUCGACUCAGGAAAAUCAAUGAGACAGAAGCCUAAGUCAGAUGAAUUCAGACAGCAGAGAGACUUCCGGAGACCGUUUAUGUACAGGAGAUUAAAAUUACAGAAAAUGAAGUUGAAGACCACACUGACCAAUAAAAACCUGCAGUGUCACAUCUCAUGCACCACUUCUCUGUACAGUGUUGUCAGGCGAUCCAAGGGUCACGAGUCUGAGCCACAGAAAAAAGAGGGACCUAAAGGUCAUGGGUCAGACCCACAGAAGAAAGUACCUAAGAGUCGUAAGUCUGGCUCGCAGAAGAAAGAGGAAGCUAGAGUUCAUGAAACUGCUGCGCCGAAUAAAGAGAGACGCAGGGAACCUAAGCCUGAUUCUGGGCAAAAACAGGGGUUGUCCAAUGAAUGUGUCAACUCCUCAAAAGUUUCAGUAGAGAAAGGUAGCUCAUCUCAAAUUAAAAAGGGAUGUUUUACUGAAACUGAAAGUAGAAGGAAAACUCGAAGCUCUUCUGAAAGUACAUGUAUUGAUACAUCAAAUGAAGACACAAAUGAAGCUCUGCAAUCAGUUACAGCAUUAUCAGAUUCCUCAGUCCCAAUGGAUUCAUCAGAUGAAACUCAGGAUAACCGUGCUGGGGAAAUAGUGUUUGCAAGCCUUAAAAACACUGCCAGUAUAUCAAGAUGGUGGCCGGCUAUUGUUAUAGAAGGCAAGGAAGUCAAUAAACCAGAGAAGGCAGGGUUUAUCUGGAUCUUCUGGUUUGGAGACCAUAGAAUAUCUCAGGUUAUGGCCAGUAAUAUAGUGGACUUUCCAUCCAAUUUUACUCAAUACGGAUUGUGCAAUAAAAUAGUGAAGAAUUGUCCAAACUUCAACAAAGGUCUGAGUGAAGCAAUUCAGAUCUGUGCUGAGAGGGUAGCUAGAGACACAGAGGAUGUAACUGAAGAGGAACUACUAAUGUGGGCAAAAGAUGGCUUCCCCUCAGAUCGGGGACAUUUCUUACCUGACCAUAAUGACCCUUUACCUCAUAUGGUGAAAAACUACCUCGAGAAGAUAAAAGACAAUUUGAAACAUGUAGAUACAUCCAAAAAAAGAUCUCCAAAUAAAAGUGCAGUAAAGGCACUGAAAGCUGGUGAGAAAGAAUUAUCUGAAAUCUGCCUGUCCUGUGAUGACAUUGAACAUGUGGAGGUAGAGGACCAUCCUCUGUUCUUUGGGGGACUCUGUAAAACAUGCAAGGAAGAAUGGAAAGAGAGUAUACACAUCUAUGAUGAUGACCAAACCAAUACUUUCUGUGUGAUUUGUUCAACUGGAGGGGAUCUUGUUGUCUGUGAAGAUGUGAACUGUGGAAAGUCGUACUGUGUGGAGUGUAUCAAAAACUUUCUGAGUGAGGGGCAGCUGAGAAAAAUAAAGGACAGUAAGAUCUGGAACUGUUUUCUGUGUACUCCGUACACUAAGCCCACCCAUGGAGUUCUGAUCCCCAGGCCAAACUGGAGGGACAAAACUGUCCACAUCUUUGAUUCUGGAUACAGAACUGAUAUUUCACCUUCAUUUUUCAAAGGUCCCAAAGAGCCAGUAAGGGUAUUGUCACUCUUUGAUGGAAUUUCAACUGGAAAGGUGGUUU